AUGGCUAUCCCGGAUAAUGCCAGCAUCUGUCCUGGGAGGCUGGCCCUUGCCUGCAUAGGCGCUGACAUGCAUGGGGCAUCCACAUCUAUACUGGGUCUGGACUUUGAUCACCACUGCAAGUGGGUCAAUAAUUGCAUCGGUCACCGCAACUUCCGCUUCUUCAUGCUGCUCGUCCUGUCCCUAUGCCUCUACUCUGGUGCCGUGCUGGUCACCUGCAUAAUCUUCCUGCUGCGCACGGCCCACCUGCCAUUCUCCAUGAACAAGUUAUACGACAUCCUGGUGGCUGGAACCGCCGCAGGCUUCCUGGUGCCGCUCUUGCUGCUGCUGGUGAUCCAGGCAGUGUCAGUGAGCGCGGCCGAGCGCUCCCACGAGGGCAAGUGCACAUACCUUCAGAGAUACAACCCCUUCGACCAGGGCUGUGCCCACAACUGGUACUUAACAAUUUGUGCACCGCUGGGACCCAAGUACAUGUCUGAAGCUAUCUGGCUGCAGAGUAUGGUGGGACCUGAAUGGGUGCCCAUGCCGAGCCUGCACUCCCCGACCUGCCCCUCUGCUCUCAGUGCCCCACCCCUCCCUGGCCCCCAGCCCCAACCUCUGGGUGUCUACAAGCCAGGGAAGGGUCCCCCAGGGAGUGGUGAGGCUGCAGCUCUCCAGGAGGUAAAAAGACUCCACGCCGGCCCAGUGCUGCCCCUGCGGCGGGAGGCCCCCAGACGAGGCUCGGCCUUUCUCUCUCCCCUUCGCACCCGGCGAUGCCAGGAGCACCUGUCCCUGAACCUCACCCCCUGA